CCUACCAGACAGGCUAAAAAUUUGUUCCUUUUUCUACAAAUUCAAAUUUGUGUCAUUAAAUAGUAAACAAGCCUCAAGCUAGGACAGCACAUUUAGUAAAAAAAGAUACACGACAUUUCACUGGGUUUGAAAUUUAAUUCACUUAAAAACUGAUUCUUCCGUUAAAACAGUUUUGGUGGUUUCAAAACUAGGAAACUUUCCAGCUACAAUUAAAACAACCUCGGAACACCAAACACAGCAGAGAUAUGGCAGAACAGAGUAUGGAACCCCAAGAAAUGGUGCCUGACAUGGCUGGAUUUGAUGAGCUGAACAUCACAGCAGGCAACAUGACAGAUGAUGACUACAUGGAUCUCAUGGACUUAUACCCGCAGUACAAGGCCCAGAUCUACAUCCAAAAAAUCAUCUACCCUCUUCUCCUCGUCAUUGGCACCAUAGGGAACUGCCUGGCCUUCCUCAUCAUGCGGAAGUUCAGCAAGAGGGUGACGUCCACGUGUCUGUACCUGACGGUUUUGGCAGUAGUGGACACUAUUGAGUUAUAUGUGAGGUGCGGCAAUGAAUGGCUGAGGACAGUCGCCAAAAUUGACCUCUCGUCAACACUGCUGAUUUCCUCCGCAGCAGUUUGUAAAGUGUAUACAUUUAUUCUGAAUUUUGUUUCCCAUCUUGCCCAGUGGUAUAUUGUAGCCUUGGCAACCGAAUGUUUUAUUUCGAUGUGGAAUUCUAAGAAGGCUCAUUGGAUGUGUACAUACGAGAGGGCAGUAGCAGUCACUUUGUUGCUAACAGUCAUCUUGGUGUUUGUCAAUGGUCACUUCUUCUGGACCUAUGUUUUAAUCAAACCCUCUCAGACAAGUGAAGAGUACACGUGUAGCUUUAACGACAAUGCCAAAGACUUUAAAGAAAUCUACAGAUAUCUUGAGUUUGUUGGGGCAGAAUGCGUGCCCCUCGGCAUCGUCUUAGUGUUGACGAUCUUCAUGAUAAUUCGACUGGUUCAGAAAAAAGAAUUUACGCAGCCAGAGCGAACCAAAUUCUACAUAGACCCAACUUGCUACAUGCAAUGUUUAAAGAUUUUCUUCAGCACGUGUGUUCUGUUCAUUGUGUGUUCUGUCAUGUCACUGGUUUUUGAGGUGUACAGAUAUCUGAGUGGGGAAAACCAAGAUCCUGAAAUAGUGGAUAUUGACAGUGUAUUGAAUGAAGGACUUGCAAAUGAGAUUGUCAAAGUUAUCCCAGGAUUUGUUCUGCGAAGUUGUAAAUUCUUUAUUUACGUCAGCUGUAGUGCUUGUUUCCGUAGGGAGUUAAGGUGGUUAUUUUCAAAGGGCUGCCGAUGCGGACGACGCCGGGGUAGCAUGGAAGUUGGCUGCCAUCAGAGGAAGCCAUUGAUUAAUUCAGCAAGUAAAGACAGCAGUGCCAUUUCUGGCGUUUCCACUGACACAGAAGUCAAAAUUCUAGAAACAGCAGCAUAGUUCCUUACCGGGUUAUCUGAAAGGUUUUUGUAAUUUUCUUCCGACAAUUUCUUUUCUAAAGAAUCUACAAACUGAAACAACUCACAGCAAGAUAACAAUUAUCAGAAAUAUUUCUGAACCAGGCAAACUGGAUGGCCUAUAUUCAGUCAAUCUUAUAAACUUGAUCGACCCAAAGGAUAAUAUUUCAUUUUUCAAAUGGCAUCUUUGGUCUUAAUUCCAAGAAAAAUGUCUGAAACAAAUUAUACAUGUACCAUUUUUGCUUUGUAGAGAUAUGAUCACUCUUUUUACCUCAGAGACUGCCAUUAUGAUAGUACCCAAGGCAUAGAUGUUUCAACAUACAGUGCAACUGUUUUCUUAGA